AUGACGUUUCAAAAUCGAACGAAAGAUGAUGAUGAUGAUGAUGAUGACGACGAAAACAACAAAAACGAAGAAUACUCCAAAGCUGCGCUCACGGCGCGAUUAUCCAACUAUUGCUACAAAAACAACUUGAAAGAGUUGUUAGAAUCGGACGGGUAUUCACUCGUGUACGAGAAAUACACCUCGGUGACGAGAGUCUACAUCGCGGAUAGAAAAAUUGGGUUCGAUGAAAUGAAGAAAGAAGAUAUCGUGGAAAGAACUAUCGUGGCGAGAGGCGCGGUGUGGGGCGACGACCAGAACGUGGAUAGGAUUCGAUUAUCGAAUCAAAUUAGUAAAGUUUGGCCGACGCAAGUGCACCCGGAUGUACCAGUCGGGUGUCACACGGGCGUGUACGAGAUGACCGAGGAGUUCUUCAACGAAAUAACGCCGUACAUCAAAGGACCGGACGUAGGGGAAGAAGUGAAGAAGUUGACGUUUUGCGGACAUUCGUUGGGAGGAUCGAUUGCGAUGAUAUUAGCGGCUUGGACGAAAUUGAGAUUAGAUGUGGAUUGUGUGAAGAUGAAAGUAAACGUGCACACGUACGGGUCGCCGAACGUUUUGGCGUUGGACAUGUCGCUGUUGAACAAAAUGGAAAAGGAAGAGAAGGAGACGUUUCGAGGGUACCCGAAAUCGGCGUUGGAUGCGAUUGGUUUGGAAGAAUCUACGUUGAGAGCGCACGUUUUGAGCAACGAUAUCGUUCCCAGGAUGUGGUUAUCGCACGAUCCAGUGUUUAACACCUUGAAAUCGAACGAAUGGGGCGCGAAUUUAUUGAAAUGGAAAGAAGAAACGUUCGGGAGAAGAGGCAUGUUAACCAUGGAUCGAUUUUUAUACGAAGUGAGUGGAUAUUUGAUUUUUUUAGAGCUAGGGAACGAUAACGCGGCAAAACGAGCGGUGGUUAAAGAGACUGCGAACUUAGAGACGCAUUUGGAACGGUUAACGUGGCAGCUGGAAGAUUUCACGUCUGGCGCGCAGAACAAUCCGUUGAGGGCGUUGGCGCCGGCGUUGGAACACAACUCUCAGAAUUACGUAGACGUCAUGCAAUACCUGGCGGUGAACGCGUUGUUGGUAAAGAGGAAACAGUGA